ACAUGCGAGAAUGGAUGAGGUAGCUGGCGGAUAGUUUACGUUUUGUUUGUCUGUUGUUCUAGAAAAUUGCUUGAUUUGGUUGGGAAAAUAAAAGGAAAUUUCCAUGGCAGACCGUUUAACGCAGCUUCAGGAUACUAUAAAUCUCCAAGCUGACAACUUCUGCAACAGUAUUGGAAUACUCCAACAAUAUGCUCCGCCGAGUCGUUUUUCUGGCUCUCAGACACCUCAGCAAACACAGCAGGAGGAUUAUGCCCAGCUCUUCUCAACGCUAAUAAGUCGCUGUGCAAAGGACAUUGAUACACUUAUAGAGUCCCUACCGAAUGAAGAUUGUGGUCAAGAGCUUCAAGUACAGAGUCUCAAAAGGCUAGAAGUGGAAAAUCAAGAAGCUGCCGAGCGCCUUGAGGAAGUCGUGAAGAGUGGUGAGGCUCUCCUGGAAAAAAUUCAAGCUGCUCUUAGCGACAUUGCACAGGCUCAACUCGAUAUGGAUCAUUAAAAAAAAUCUUAAUCAUGAAAUUUUUAUUGAUUCUCUGACUCUGUGUCUCUCGAGGAAUAAAUUAUUUUACAACAUA